AUGAAGUACGACGAUGACGGGUAUGAUGGUACCGACACAUACGAGCUCAACCAGAUGCAGGACGGCAAUGCCAGCAAUAGCAGCCAACUCGACGCCCUGAUGGAUGUAUCCCAAGACGGUCUCAAGCGAGACCUUCGGCUCCGCCACAUGGUCAUGAUUGCCAUCGCUGGUACUAUUGGCACCGGUCUCUUCCUCACCUCUGGUUCGACUAUUGCUACUGCUGGUCCUGGCGGUGCCUUUCUUGCCUAUGCCCUCAUCGGCAUCUGGGUCAUCUUUGUCAUGCAGGCCAUCGGUGAGAUCGCCACCCUCCUCCCCCUUCCCGGUGCCUUCAACGACUGGGGUGGCCGUGUCUUUGACGAGGCCUUCUCCUUCCAGAUGACUUGGAUGUAUUGUAUCAACUGGGCAUUGACGAUUCCCGCACAGUUGUCCGCUUCCGCGCUGAUCGUGUCGUUCUGGCUGCCCGAGGACACGGCGUUCCCUCCAUGGGUUGUGCCUCUGAUCAUUAUCAUCUUGAUGGUCUUUAUCAACAUUGCUGGUGUCAAGACCUAUGGUGAGCUCGAGUACUGGUUCUCGAUUCUCAAGAUUGUCACCAUCAUCAUCUUUAUCAUCUGCGGUAUCCUUGUCGAUGCCGGUGCUAUUGGUGGCCAUACCUACGGAUUCGAGAACUGGAAGAUAGAGGGUGCUCCUUUCAAGGGCGGCUUCAUGGGCUUCAUCACCACCCUAAUCUCGGUCGCUUAUGCCUAUGGUGGAGUCGAGAUGACUGGUAUCACCGCUGCCGAGUCCCGCAACCCCUUCAAGCACGUCCCCAAGGCUGUCAACACCGUGGUGAUUCGCAUCACUUUCUUCUACUUGGUCUCGAUCUUCUUGCUCGGAUCUAUUGUUGCCAACGACAACCCCUUGUUGGUCAACACCGACCGCUCCGCUGCAAAGGCUCCCUUCACCAUUGUCUUUGCCAAGGCCGGUAUGAGUGGUGCUGCCAACUACAUGAACGCCGUCGUCUUCACCUCGGUUUUCUCGGCCAUCAACUCUGAGUUCUAUGUUACCACUCGCAUGUUGCUGUCGCUCUCCCGUAACGGCUGGAUCCACAAGUCGAUCGGCUACAUCAACUCGCGCGGUGUGCCCGUGGUUGCCGUCGCCGUUGUCUCUGCCUGCUCCUGCCUGUCGUUGAUCACCAUCUUUGUUGGUUCUGGUGUCGUCUUCCAGUGGUUCGUCUCGAUCAUUGGUUCGAUUAGCUUCCAGGGCUGGCUCUAUAUCCUGCUCCUCCACUUCCGCUUCCGCUACUGCUGGAAGGCCCAGGGCCGUGCCGUCAGCGACCUGCCCUAUGUCGCCUGGGGAUACCCCUAUGGCAACAUCCUUGCUGCCAUCAUUGGCUGCUGCUGCAUCGUUUGCAAUUGGUACCUGUCGGUCAUCAACCCUCCUCAGCACCCUGGUGCUGGUGCCUCGGAGGAUCUGAUGAAUGCGUACCGCAGCAGACGCGAUGCGUAUAUCCAGGGUAUUCUGGGGGCCUGGUUCCCAUGGUUCAUGUCUGCAACCUUGUACUUCUCUUACAAGUACAUCUGCGGUACCAAGCUCAUCAAGGCCGUUGAUGCCGAUCUCGACACUGGUCGCUUCAUUCCGUCCGAGUCUGAUAAGGAGGAUUUGAGGCCCCACGGCCCUCGCUGGAAGCGCAUCCUUAAGAUGUUUGUCUAA